CGCCAACCCCGUGCAGGAUCUUGCAAAUGCAGCCAGUGCGGAGAGAACCCCCAACUGUCGCUCGCAGUCCCACCACACCUGAACCUGAAUGGUUCGACCUGGAGGCUCCUCAGGUCCUCAAAACGUUCCUUGAGGACGUCGAACGGGGCCUGCAUCCCAGCGGGCAGAUGAGCUUGAAGCUCGACCCUGAUUGCAAAUCAUGGGUCUACGAUCACAUCGACGCCGUUUCAGAACACUUUCCGGGAAAGGUUGAAUUAAUUGACAACGAGAUCUUUGUCAGGUUGGAGAGCGCAACGCACGAGUUCCUCAAGAAGGUCCUAUUCAAUGCCUUCAUGGCUAGUAGGGGCCUUGGGCGACAGCUCUAUAUUAACUCCAAUAUAUCGUAUCCCAUAGUAGAAAAGGGCUUCAAAAUCCUGGACAUUGGCAUCUAUGCCCAGGACCCUACAGAGGACCUUUGGCCACUAUUUCUCAUGGAAAUUGCAUAUUCCGAUUUGGGCUGGAAGAGUCUGCGGGAUGUGUUGAAGGUUCUCCUUGGCUGUAAUCAUAAGGGUGAUAUUCGGGGAGCUCUCGCUCUAAAGAUUUCCAAGCGAGGCGAGGAUAUAUCAAAAAUUACUUACAACAUUGUGGCCUUUACACAAGACGGGACAAUUGGUGACAAACAUGGCAACCUGAACUCUUUCCAACCCUAUGCAAAAGUCCCCCAUGAACCAGGGAUGGGAAAGUGGAUUCCAACUGAUGGGGAGCACUUUGAGCGGAAAACGAAGUACAGAAUGUUCCGGCAGACCAAUGACUCGGGUGGACGAUAUUUCUCAGACGGUAUCCUAGUUGACCACGGCAUUAUUGAUGAGGACCAUACAUCAAGCAAUGAUGACAUCGUCCUCGACCCAGAGUACUUUAACCUCCCUGCUGAUUCUGAACGUCUCUGUCUUCGGGCCAAGGAUCUGUGGUUUCAUGUACGUCAUCAAGAGGUGGUUGAGCGCAACCUCAAGCGUAAAAAGGAACAAGAGAAGGCCCCGGGACGUACGGAGAAGAGGCGCAAGAGAAUCCCGGGACCAUCCACGAUCGAGAGACUUAGUGAGGUACCAGGAACCUGGGAUGAUGCUUCAUCGACCUUUAAGCCCGCCUAAGUAGCUUGCUUUUAUUUAUUUCAAUGUCACUUUCAGCAAAUAUUUUAUGAGUUGAAAUUUCAGAUAGAACGGUGGCUCUUCUCUUUCAUUAUUCGUAGAAUUGCUCUUACACCUUUUCUAUAGUUUCAAAAUUUACUAGAGAUGUAUACGAACCCUUCUUUUCUUACGAGUUGACUAGGACAGCAUUAUAACCGAGUAAUCUUAUACAGGACUCGAAACUUCUCAAC